UUAGCUUAAGUAAGCUAAGACAUCUGAUAGAGAAUCAGCUGCUUUUCGUCAUGGCGGGGGCGGGGCUGAGAGUGUCGACCGACUUGCGCCAGCCGCAUCGCUGCCACAAGUCUCGUAACACUACAUAUACGGCUUUUGCUUUACACAGCAUACGGCAUCUGCUGAUAAUGUACUAGUCUAAUUAGUAGUUCCUCAAUAUUUUAACAUAUUACAUACCUAUUACAUAUUACAACUCCGUAGGAUCGAUUAUAUCCAGGUAUCUUGAUUCUUUGGAACUACGGACCCCCGUCAAGAUGAGCUCCGAGGCAAGACUCUACACCUUCUCCCAGGAGACCAAAGACCACCUACGCAAGUUUCGCUUAACUACGUCAAGAGCCAGCGGGCCGCAAGCUGUCAUCUAUUAUAUCGACAAGAAGACGUAUGAGAUUAAGCAAGAUGAAGACAAGGUAGUAUACAAGUCUCUCGACGAAAUUGCCGACGACCUGCCUGAUAAUUCGCCGCGCUAUAUUCUUCUAAGCUACCCUUUGACUCUGCCAUCCGGCCGCCUGUCUGUGCCCUACGCCCUCUUGUAUUACCUACCGAAUACGUGUAAUGCCGAAAGUCGUAUGAUGUAUGCCGGCGCGAAGGAGUUGAUGAGGAAUACGGCCGAGGUCGGCAAAGUGUUUGAUGUGGAGAGCCCAGAGGAUUUACAAGAUAUCCCUGAUAAGUUGAACACUGAAUAAGCUAUCUCUAGCCUAGCGAGCGAGAACUAUUCAGACAGGUAUUUAACCUAGAGAU